AUGACGAAACGGAAGUCGCUUCAUCUUCCUUUCCACCAUUAGAUUGCAACCAUGGGCCGCCGACCAGCCCGCUGCUACCGGUACUGCAAGAACAAGCCGUACCCCAAGUCCCGCUUCUGUAGGGGUGUGCCUGAUCCCAAGAUCAGGAUCUUCGACUUGGGCAGGAAGAAGGCCAAGGUAGAUGAGUUCCCCCUGUGUGGCCACAUGGUGUCUGAUGAGUACGAGCAGCUGUCCUCAGAAGCUCUGGAGGCUGCCCGUAUCUGUGCUAACAAGUACAUGGUGAAGACCUGCGGUAAAGAUGGUUUCCACAUCCGCAUGCGUCUGCAUCCCUUCCACGUCAUCCGUAUCAACAAAAUGUUAUCCUGUGCUGGAGCUGAUAGGCUCCAGACUGGAAUGCGUGGUGCUUUUGGUAAACCCCAAGGCACCGUGGCCCGUGUGCACAUCGGUCAGGUGAUCAUGUCUGUGCGUACCAAGGCCCAGAACAAGGAGCAUGUGGUGGAGGCUCUGCGCAGAGCCAAGUUCAAGUUCCCUGGUCGCCAGAAGAUCCACAUCUCCAAGAAGUAUGGCUUCACCAAGUUCAACGCCUGCGACUUCGAUGACAUGAUGGCUGAGAAACGUUUGAUUCCAGACGGCUGUGGAGUGAAGUACAUCCCCAGCAGAGGCCCUCUGGCCCGCUGGAAGGCCCUUCACGCUGUCUAGAGCAGCUGCAGGCUUUCAGUCAUCACAAUGGACAACCAAUAAAAUUGGGUUUGAUUACAAAAAUG